AUGGCGCGAGGUGGCGCGUGGGCGGCGGCGGCGGCGGCGGUGCUGUGGUGGAUGGCGGCGGGCGCCGGGGCGGUGUGGCUGGAGAUCGCGCCGUCGGGGACCAAGUGCGUGGCGGAGGAGAUCCGGUCCAACGUCGUCGUCAUCGGCGACUACGCCGUCCUCUACGAGCACCAGCAGGUCCAUCCCACCGUCUCCGUCAAGAUCACAUCCCCUUUUGGGGAUACCAUACACAAGAAAGAUAAGGUUACGGUGGACCAGUUUGCAUUUACCACAUCAGAAGCAGGAAAUUACUUGGCUUGCUUUACAGUUGACGGUGAUAACAAGGGUUUGGUGAUGAAACUAAAUCUUGACUGGAAAAUUGGUAUCGCGGCAAAAGAUUGGGAUGCUAUUGCUAAAAAGGAAAAGAUUGAGGGAGUUGCGCUAGAGUUGUUUAAGCUUGAUGAAUCUGUCCAAACAAUCUAUGAAAAUCUGCUCGUGCUGAGGACCAAAGAAUCCGACAUGAGAGAUGUCAGUGAGGUGACGAAUGCUAGGGUCUUAUGGUUGAGCAUGAUGUCGCUCGGUGUUUGCAUUUGUGUUUCAGUUAUGCAGCUGGUGCAUCUAAAACGGUACUUCCGAAAGAAGAAGCUUAUCUGAGAUUAUAUACUCCUCUGCAGC